GUGUAUUCCGCCAUAGCUGUCAUCAAAAAAUUAACCUGACGAAAGAAACCGAUAAAUAUCAGUAUUUGUUUUUCCCAAAGAGGGAGAAAUGGAUGAUGACAAACCAUUUGUAUGUAUUGAACAUGGAUGUGGUCAGAGGUUCACUAAUGAAGACCAUCUUUCAGUUCAUAUGAGAAAACAUGAAAUGUCACUGGCAUUGAAUCCUGGAAUCAGUUUAUCUUCCACUGGUAUAUCUCCUUCCAGAAUGGGAGGCUUAAUAUUAGAUCAAACACCGACUCCUACAAAGUUUCUGAAAAAUUGUGAAGAGAUUGGACUGUUUCAGGAAUUAAACAAAAAUCCUUUUGAGGAAGCAUUCAAAAAAGCACUUGACAACGAUGGUGACCAAGGUGUUCCUGGGAUACCAUUGCCAGGACCGUCUGGAAAUGAUAAUGAAUUGAACACCCCUGUACCACAUAUUCCAAGGUCAUUGUCAGAGAUCAGUCCUUUAACAAAGUUUAGACGUAGCACAACUGAGAAGCUUUCACUGAAACCUGAACCUAAAACACCGGAUGAUGAUCAAGAGAUAAUUGUGACAGACAAAGAAGUCUGUUUUGUUACGCCAUUUUCAAGGUCACAGGUUGUCAUGUCAACCACAACAUUGAUUACUGCUGCACAUUCCACAACUCAGUCUCCACCCAAAACCACAGUUGCCCAACUAUCAAUGAUGCCAGUUGUACAACAGUCCCAAUGUACCAUGCAGAUCUUUUUACAACUUCCAAAUGGUACAACAGUCCCAGUUCAGAUACCAGCAUCCAUUCCAAGCGUACCUGUGAUCCAGGCUGCACAGCAGCAGGCAAAAUCAAAUGUCAUCAGUCAGACGAGUCUUCUGCAAUCUCCUCCCCAACAGACUAUAGCAUCUCCACAAAAAUCUCAAACAUCUCUCACCAAACAGAAAUUGAAACAAGCCAUACAGCAACAGACAUUACCAUCACCAAGUUCACGAUCAAACACACAGAUAAUACAAGUUUCACCGGAUGGGUCCAUUAGUAGUAGUUCAUCUUUUGCUGCUAAUAUUUCCCAUAAUUCACCUUUAUCAAUGGAGCAGUCAUUUUUAUCUGAUACAGCAUCAUCACCAGAUACAGUGGAUUCCACACAGGGGACCUCAUUCUCAAACAAAAGAAUGAGAGGAGAUGAUGAUGACGACCCAAUGGAUGGAAGACGAAAGAAAUUCUUGGAAAGGAAUAGAGCUGCUGCAGCAAGAUGUCGUAUGAAAAGGAAAAACUGGAUAAUGAACUUAGAGAAAAGGGGUUCUGAUUUACAACAAAACAACAACAAAUUGCAGGGGGAGAUAACUUCAUUAAGAACAGAAGUAGCACAGCUGAAGACCUUAUUGUUGGCUCAUAAAGAUUGUCCUGUUACACAUGCCAUGCAGAAACAAGGAUUACAAUUUGUGACAGAAUCUGAAGUUGUUGAUGACACACCCAUAAACCUUAAACAGGAAAACAAUACUGCAGUUACAUCAUUUACUCACAUUUUACCCGAUCAAACUUAUUCAACUUUAUCAACCAUAGCUUCUUCGUCAGGGGAGAGAACUAUAACCAUACCUACCCUCAUUGGAAACACAGUGGAACACAAGACAAUUAGAAUAGUUCCUGCUGUUAUGACUCAAGAAAAUUUAAAACCAGUCAGAAAGAAAUGACAGAGAAGAAUUUAGUUAGAUAUUAUUUAAAUCACUUAUUUUUAAUUGUGGCAGCCAUUUUUGUUAAAUUUGUUAAUUUAUGAUAUUUUUGCUUCAUUAGAUAUUUUUAGGUGUUUUAAGAAAAUUGACUUCUACUAUUAAUAAUUAAAUUUUUUUUUUUUCCUGGUUGAUUUAUAUUUUGAGUUUAUUUAAUACAACUUUUAUAGAAGAACCAAGUUCAUAUUAUAUAUGAUUUAUAUACUGUAAAAUCUGUCAGAUUUGUUUUCUGAAUGUCCGUCUGGUAUUUCCUCCCCACUCCCCCAUGUACAAUGAAAUUUGCACUACAUGUAUUUAAACAAUGUUGUCUGUAAAACAUGGCAGUUUUGCAUUUUAUUCACAACACAUCAAUCAUCUCAACUUCAGCAAACUCAUAUGAAACAAGGAAAUACCACAUCAUUUUUUCUCAAUUUGAUACUUUACUUAUAUUAUUUGAACAAAUCAGCAAAAAUGUCAAUGUAAAGAUUGAUUAUUGGUGUUUAAAGCAACUUUCAGCACACUUGGCUAUAUUGUGUCAGCUAUUUUUAAUUGGUUGAGGAAGCUGGAAUACCCAGAGAGAUCUACCAGCCCUCAGCAGGAAAACUAGCGAUCCUACUCAAGAUUAUAGUUCAUUAUUCAUGCCACGAGUGGGGUUCGAAAUUCCACUUCAAUUGUUAACAGGUUAGUGUAGAUGAACUUCUUAGACUACUCCACCCCUCAAUAAAUUUAAGAAGUAAAUGGGACCAAUUGCUUUAAACAUGAAAUACAUCAAUACCAAAUGAUAAAUACCCAUAAUUAUUUUGUGAGUGCUGCUAGUAUGUUAAUAGUUUUAUCAGAAUUACUGCAAAAAUUUAAUUAGAUUAAUGAAGAAAUGGUUAUUUUAUAUUUAACAUUUACAUUUGUACAGAAUUAGAUCGAUAAGUCACGUUAUUAAAAGCUUACUCUAAUAAAAGGGGGAGCUUUUUUCCUAACUUCUAAUAUUUCAGUGUUUAGUUUUAUAAUUAUGCAUGUUUUAUAAAUUUAGGUAUGCAUUUUUAGUCUUUUUCAAGGAAAUAUAUAUUUUUUAAGGCAUUAUAUAUAUUCUCAUAAAGAAGUUUAAACAAUUGGUAGUGUGACUGGAAAAAAAAUUGAUCCUAACCACUCAGUAAUUAUUUUCAUUUGAAUAUUUAUAAUACUAUAAAUAAAAUUGAUUUGAUAUAAUGUGGGCAAUAUUUUUGGACUAUUUUACCUGCCAAUUUGGUGAUAAAGAUAAAAUUAGACAAAUAUGCCCCAGCAUUAAUCUGAACUUCAAGGUAGAUCAGAAUCAGAGACCGGUAACACAUGAAAAAAGUCUCAAGAAUAGUUUGGGCUUAUGUAAUUUGCCAAAAUUACCCCCCCCCCCCCCC